AUCAGCACGAACUCGAAUAGCUGUCCGUAGGACGCGGCUAUUUGUCCGUUAUAACUCUUCCAGUUCGGAAAGCCGGCCUUGGAUGCCCAAAAGAGACAAAUCCGUUCAGAAUAAAACUAGAAAUGGUGUACCAAAGCAGAAGAAGGGAUACCAAAGCGACCUAAAGCCGCUGUUUCUCUCAGCUUAUGGCAGGCAAAAUGUCGUCGAACACCGCAAAGACUAUCAGUUACCGAGCAACUUGAUGGCAGCCCGUAAAUUGGUGGUCCCAGACUCACUCAAGAACCAGUAUAAACCGUUUGAUUUUAGCAAGAAGAGCAGUGAGCCACUAAAACAGGCUCAAAAGAAAUCUCAUAUUAACAAGCAGAAGAAGGAAGUAGACGAAAGUAGACUGAAGAUAAAAGAUAUUGUGAAAAACUCAAACAGAAUGGACUCUGAAUUCUUCAACCCAUCGAACCAGACUUUGGAUCUCAGAUUGAACAAUAGCAUAUUGUAUGAACAAAUAACCGGAAAUCAGAAAGAUAGAAUGGAGAAGAGAUACGGUGAGUCGUCCAAGAGAUGGCUCAACAGCUUCUACAAACUCUUAAACCAGACUUCCAAGGUCGAAACCUAUGCCGAAAUCAAGAAGUCUAUUUCCAAAGCUAUUCAAGAAUCGUCUAUUUCCACAGCUAAUGUCCACCAUGCUCUUUCUGUAGGUGAUUUAGUAGUGUUUUCGGAAGAAAGCAUUACUUUCGCCAUUGUAGUUGGUGCACCCAAGAACUUGGAGUCGGAUACGUAUACAUUUGUGGAUAGUAGAGGAGAGGUUACGUUUGGUCCAGCCAAGUCUUUUGCGUACCGAUUUCCAGGUGUGAUACCUUCUGAAUACCACGACAUCAUAUCUAGCUUCGUCCAGUUGGAAAAAAAGUAUUUAGAUAUCGCUCCUGUAGGUCUUACGGAUAUGGACUUCUCCAAGUCGACGGCAUCGUUGCCUCAAGAAUUGCAAACAGAUUUUCCAGAAGACGACAAGCCACGUUCGUUGAACGAUGGGAUAAAUUUCAGUGAGAACACGGACUUUGUUGUUGCACAGGCCACAUCGCAAUUGUUGACAAAUUCGAAUGUUAACACCUAUAUAAUUCCUACGCCAGCCAGAGAUUUGUAUUGCGACUCUUUGACUGCUUUGGCUGUAGAGGUAUUUGAUGAGGUAUCGAGAAUGAAAAAACCUUUGGAAAACCUUCACAGGCUCUUACAAUUCGACAGAAAUGGCGAUCCUCUUAGUACGCCUCGUUCUAUCUCCCUCUUUGAGUUGUUACACUACUUGGAAGAAUUGGAAAGCUCCAGCUUUGAGGUAAACAAUGAUGAUAUUUCAUCAUUGGGACAAUUCAUCGAUCCAGAGAGCUCUUAUACAGACAAGGCGUUCCCAGUUUCGAAGUACUUGGCUCUUUUGUCAUCUCUUAGAAUUCAAUCGAGAAGCUGGAAUGUCAUAUUUGCCAGCAAAUCUCUUUUGCCUGUUAGUGUAACCAUACUUCCAGCCAACAGAACUCUGAUCAUCCACAGAGUGUUGGCUCACAUUAAAGAUGGAGGUGAUUUGGAAUUCAGCCAAUAUUGUCUUAAGAAGGCAAAGGGUGAACCAACUCCUUUACCGACAUUUUACCACACCCUUGUUCAACUUUUCAAAGAUUACACGAUUGGAAACUUCACUAAUGAUUUAGCACUUGAAGCAGCUUUGGUUUCCAUUAUUAGAAUGGUUGAUGAGAAACAGUAUUCGUCUGAGAAUCGUCCUGAUAAUACCUACUCCUAUGAGUAUUCAAGGGCAAGAGCCUACGACCUCUUAAAGGAUAUUGGGGCCAUAGACUCUGACAAUUCUUCCAGGGUCGACCCAGUGCAUUGGUCAAAUGCUCUCAACUUACCAGGACAGAACGUUAGUGCAUCGACUGACAUCAGUGAAGAUUAUAUGGAUUUCUUGAAUGAAAGCUUGACACCAGUGGCUUUACUUCCUUUGACUAUGAAAGAAGAUUUCAUUCCUGAAGAUUCACUAGAGUCGAUAAGAAAGGAAUUUGGAGAAACGCCUAUUUACUGUAUUGACGAUGCCGAUGCCCAUGAAGUGGAUGAUGGUAUCUCAAUUCAUACCCUGAAUGACAAGUAUGUACUUUCAGUACAUGUAGCCAAUCCUACUUCUUACAUCAAGCCAGGGUCUAUUCUCAAUGCAAUUGCCUUUAACAGAGCUACGACCAGCUAUAUAAACGAGGGUGCGUACUUCAUGUUCCCCAAGCUUAUUUCGAAAUUGUCAGGUCUUGGUGUUGAUGGACAAAGAACAAGAACUUAUGCUGUUCAAUAUUCGUUGGACAAGAAAUUAAUUGAUCUGUUCGUUGAGAAGAAGCUUAAAGACCCAGACUACGAGCCGCCUCAAGAGUUCUGCGAACAGGUCUUGAAGCAGAUAGAUGAAAGUAUUGAUGUGAACUUCUUGAUAGCUUCAAGAUUUCCAGUUGGGUACACCUACAAUAAAGUAAAUGAAAUUCUUGGUAAUAUGGAACUAAUCCAACUGUUCAAGGAAAAUAGAUGCAAUGAUGAACAUUUUGUCAAUUUGUAUAAAUUGCAUAAUAUAUCCAAGAUACUCAAGUCCAUUAGACACACGCUUGGUGGCUCGUUUGAUUACCAUUCUGAGAGAAUGAAUGUCAAAAUCAGAGAAGAAUUGGAGCCUAUAAAGGAGGAGUCUGUUAUUGAAGUUGAUGCCGAUUCCUUCAAACUAAUUCCUAAGAAUUCUACCAAAAGUGUAGAGAUAUCUAAAAGUUCGAUAACUAGUCCUUCUGUGUCUUUGGUUACUGAAUUUAUGCUCUUCGCAAAUUCGUCUUCAGCGAAGUUUGCAGACAAGAACAAAAUUGACUUCAUCUAUAGAUCACAGAAUAGAAAGUUUAAUCUUCAGUUGAUCAAAGAGAUGGAAGAUAAGAUCGUGUCGAAGCUACGCUCUGGAAAACUGGUGUCGUUCGAGGCACAACAGAUACUCCGAGUAUUUAGUAGAAGUGCAUCUUUAUCUACAGUAGCAGAAUUCCACGACGGAGUAGGUAUAGAUAAGUACGGAUGGGUUACUUCGCCAUUAAGAAGGUAUGUCGAUGUUAUCAACCAUUGGAAUAUCGCAUCUUUUCUAUUACAGAAAGCGGGCAGAGAAUCCAGUCAGUAUGCCGAUGAGAAACAAUUGCGCAGCGCCAUUUUGCAUAUCCAGAGCAAGAGCUUAGUUGAUAAGAGAAUGCAGACGGUGUCUAAUAAAUUCUGGCUAAGUACUUUCUUGAAAGAGUACACAAAAAUGGUGAAUGAUAAGAGUUGCAAAAUUACACCAAUUAUAUUUAAGUUGUUAGUGGUGGGUAGAAGAAGUGGUUACAUUAACGUGGAGAUGGUUGGAUUUGGUGCCAGGGGCCAAUUAGAGGUGUCCCCGAAACUCCUAGAGGAUUACUCCUUGGAGGAAAUAGAGGUUGGCGAUACUUUAGAAUCAGACCGGUUCAGAGUGUCUCGUAUAGACUUUAUUGAAGACACACUCGAGCUAGUGUACGUCUGA